AAUAUAUGUGUUAGAUUCGGACUUACUAUGGGUUUUCAGCUUAAAACCAAUUGGUGAUAAGUAGAUUAACUCUAACCCUCUAUAUAUUACUUAAAAGUCUCCUUGAAUAAUAUGUUCAUUACCGUAUGUAAAUGCAAUUUCAAAAAAAAAAAAAAAUUAUGUUUUCUGUGAUUCUUUAUCAGGUGAUGAUUACCUUUCAAAACAUUAAUUAUAUUCACUGAAGUUUCUUGUGAUUUAAAAUGGCUGAGCAUCAGUUUAGAAAUCGCUGAGAAGGUUUCGGGUAUGUAUACUUAUAGGGCUUGUAUGGAGGAUUUAUUGGCAUGUUUUCAGACCAGUUUUUUCUUCAGCAGCUAACAGGAGUUAGUUUCACUCAUAGUAAUGGUCUAUAGUUUAACGGCUACAUCACACCCAAACAUUUGGCUACUGUAUAUAUUGAUCUGCUCAGAAAUCCUUAGUGUAAAAGGAACCAACAAACAAGGUAACAAUGAUAGUGUAGACACUAAACACCAUGAAUAAUCCUACAUAGUAUAACCUACUCUUCAAAACCCAUCCACACCAGAUACAUUACAAAGGCUUAUUCUAAUUUGUAUUAGUAAGAUCCUUUUUAGUUUGAUUCUACGUUGUUUCUCCUACCAUCUACCAAACAUAAUCUCCUCUUAGAUCAAUCAACUUAUUUCUCAUGGAAGUUCUGCAAUUUUUAUUAGGAUAAAAAAAUUCAUUGGACUGUUAGAGAACCUGGUUUGACCCCAUUGGCCUGAGGGAAAAUGGGCAUUUAAUUCCCAAAGUAUUUGAAAUCGGCAGUUUUAAUACUCAAAUAUUGUUUGCGCAUAUAUAUUCCUCAACCAAUAAUUGACUGCGCAAAAUUGAAAACAAAAUAGUCAACCGUUAACUGAUGAACAAAAAAAAUAACGGUUUCUGUCAAAUUUUAAACACUAGAAUAUUCUAAUCAUGAUUUUGCACAGUCAAUGAUUAGUUGGGGAAUAAAUAUGCACAUAUAAUAUUUGAGUAUUUAAUUUGCCGAUUGAAAAUACUUUGAGGAAUUAAAAACUCAUCUUUUUCUUUAUAUUUCUUAUAAGAUUGAAAGUCAUUAACAUCAAUCCCUUUAAAAAAACACAAGUAAAAAUAUUUUCUAGUUAAAUAAAAUCAUUGUACGAGAUAUUUACCUUUAGAAGAGAUUGUUGAUUUUUUACACUGACAUAUAAAACAAUACAAAAUAAUUAUUGUUACAUCUUAUUGUCGAUGUACUUCAUGUUUAUAUCACUUUAGAUGAUUUUUAAAAUAAUUCAUAGUUAGAAAGAUUCAUAAUUUGAAAUAAUAUACAAGAUAUUUAAUCUCGGAAAAGGAUUUAUUUAGUUUAUAAAAGCAUAUAAAAUAACAUAAGAUAAUUACAUUUGCAUUGUAUUGCUGAUGUGCAAUAUAUGAAUGUGUAAAGUACAGAUAAUUAGAUAUGAUUGUCUAAAGUAGAGAUCCAAUGUACAACAUAUAAUUGUCUAAGCAAUAUGAAAUCAUCCAUAAGUGAUUUUAUAAACAUGAAGUACAUCAACAAUACGAACAAUACGAUGCAACCAUAAUUAUUUGUAUUAUUUUAUACGUCAUUGUUAAAACUCAAAAAUCUAUUUCAGAUAGAUAAAACUCUCUUGGUUAUAUCUAACUUGAGAAUAUUUCAAAUUUUGAUUUUCUAAAAAAAGAAGUGUUGUUUUAAAUUUCUCAAGUAUUUUUAAUCGGCAAAUUAAAUACUCAAGUAUUAUAUGUGCAUAUUUAUUCCCCAACUAAUCAUUGACUGCGCAAAAUCAUGAUUAGAAUAUUCUAUCGUUAAAAAAUUGACGGAAACCGUUAUUUUUUCGUUCAUCAGUUAACAAUUGACUAUUUUGUUCUCAAUUUUGCGCAGUCAACUAUUAGUUAGAGAAUAAAUAUGCGCAAGCAAUACUUGAGUAUUAAAACUGCCGAUUUCAAAUACUUUGAGAAUUAAAUGUCUAUUUUCCCAUUGGCUUGAAACAUUUGAAUAAGAUCCCCAUUUUGUAAAAAAAUAUAUUAUAUAUUAAUAUAAAUAUAAAUAUAUAUAACAUACAAAUAUAAAAUGAAAUAAAAAUAAAUAAUUGAUUAAAAGUAUAUUAAUGAUAACAAUAUAUUAAUGUUACUUUAUAGAAUUUUUUUACAUCUUAAAGAUAUAAUUCUAUUUUUUAAAAAAAUUACUAUAGAUGUAAAACUUUUUUUAAUAAAGAAUAAACCAGUUCAUUUAUAUAAUAUGUUUUUUGGACUUCUCAAAUUUCAUGACUGGUUGUCGUUAGAUAGCCAAUUAAGUAGGUGCCCGUGUGAUAGAAGGACUGUUUGGCUUGCCUGAAGUUACUGUCGUAAAGGAUGUUGACCAAGUUUGAUCGAUCAUUAGAGAUGGUUUACUUUUGAGAUGAGAGAUGACUUCAUAAUUUCCCUCUACUUCUAUAUUUUAGAUCUUUGACUUAUUCGCAUCUAUGAACUCGUUGACUAGUUCUUCCCGACAAAAAAGUUUAAUACAGUCCAAAACAGGGGUACAACGUUAGAUAACAAGUCGGGUUGAUACGUCUAAUACCAAAAAAAAUACAUCCUUUUUCUUACAGCCUUGACAAAUGCUGUAUUUGUGUCUUUAACUGUAGCUAUUGGUCUCUUUGACAGUUUCUUUGAACUAUAAAGUCAUCAUUUGAUCAUUUCCCUUACUUUUCUUUGACUGGGUCGUAAAUUCGUAAUAAAAUGAUUGUUGAAUUUCCACAAAAUAAUGUGACAAAAGAGUAGCCAAAGUCGCGAAACUCACACUGAUUUUCCUUUUGAACAUGUAAUCCUAAUAAAUAAUCAUUUUAUCCUGUCAAAUGAUUGGAUUAAGCAUUGGUCGUCCAUGUCCGAAUCUAAUCAGGCCUAUUUUGGUUACAACUAUUUUUCACAUGAACUGUAAUUGGUCAAGAAUUAGAGACCAAUUAACUCAUCAGCAUAGACAUGCUACACUAUGCUGAUGAACCCGUUGACUAAUAUCUUCUUAAAAAUCUUACGGUCCAAUGGAGAACCUACAUUAUAUUCUUCUCCUUCAGAGGAAAAACAAAACACGGCAUGGGUUGACUUAGAAUCGGUCAUAUAAAAUAAAAAUGAACAAGAAUGAUAAAGUAGAUAACGUGUGUCUUUUCCUUUCUAAUCGGAAACUUUUUUUAAUGGAGAAGUUUGGAAUUCAAAAGGCAGUCUCAUUUCUUCUUGUUCUGCUUCUCUUCAUCUGUUUCGCUUCAAGUCAAAACGAUGACGUUCAGGAUCAACACAUUCGGAUCCGGGUCGGAUUGGUUUUGAAUUUUGAUUCCGUGGAGGGGAAGACAGUGAGAAGCUCUGCUUCAACGGCGCUUUCCGAUUUUUACGCCAUCAACAGUGAUUACAAAACAAGAGUCUCUCUCUCAGUCAGAGACUCUCAAGGAAAGCCUCUCCUCGCUCUCGCUUCUGCUGUAGAUCUGCUGCAAGCUGAAGGAGUGGAGGCGAUCAUCAUCGGCGGGAGUUCGUUGCUGGAGACGAAGCUGUUGGCGGAGAUUGGAGAGAAAGCUAGUGUUCCUGUGAUCUCACUUAACUCUCCGAUCUCACCGUCGUUGAGCAGAUACAGUCAUUUGAUCCAAGCGACGCAUGACUUUGUAUCCGAGGCGAAGGGGAUCACAGCUUUUAUCCAUGGGUUUGGUUGGAAGAGUGUUGCUCUUGUUUACGAGGAUGAUGAUGACGAUGACUGGAGAGAGAGUAUGCAACUCAUGGUGGAUCAUUUUUAUGAGAACGGCGUUGGUGUACAGUCCAAGGUUGGUUUUGCAAUGACUUCUAGCGAGGAAAUGGUUAUGGAUCGGUUAGGGAAGAUGAAGGACUUGGGGACGAGUGUUUUUGUUGUGCACUCGUCUGAGGUUAUUGCUACUCGUCUCUUCGAAUGUGCUGAGAGAUUGGGUAUGAUGGGUGAAGGUUUUGCUUGGAUCCUAACUGCCAAAAGCAUGAGCAGCUCUCAUGAGAACAGUGAUGGUUUUGGAAAAGAAGCAAUGGAGGGUGUGGUUGGGUUCAAGACUUAUGUUCCAAAGUCAAAAGAGCUUCAGAAUUUCACUUGGAGAUUGAGAAGUAAUGAAGAAGAUGUUUGGUCGGAGAAAGCUCGGUUGAGUAUCUCUGGUGUUUGGGCUCAUGAUGUAGUUUGGGCAGUGGCGAGAGCCGCGGAAGUUGCUAGGGUGGAAAAUGCGUCAUCAACUCUCAUCGAGGCUAUCACUGAGUGUAGGUUUAAGGGUUUGAGUGGUGACUUCAAAGUGAAGGAUAAGAAGUUCUUGUCAGACAAGUUUGAGAUUGUGAAUUUGUUGGAAUCAGGUGAGAGGAGAAUAGGGUUCUGGAAUGGCAAUGGUAGUUUCAGCAGUAGAAGACAUUUUAACAAGCUCGAGGAGACCAUAAUCUGGCCUGGUGGGUCUGCUCAAACUCCAAAAAUGCGCAGUCUAGGAGAAAGUAAAAGAAAAAAGCUGAGGGUUUUGGUUACAUCUAGCAACAGGUUCCCAAGACUGAUGAAGGUGGAGACUGAUCUAGCAACAAAUGUUACAACUGCGGAAGGGUUCUGUAUAGAAGUCUUCCGGGCUGCCAUUUCAGCUUUUGACUAUGAAUUGGAGUUCAUCCCUUGGCGCAAUGGAAGUAACUACAACAGACUUGCAUAUGCACUUUAUAGUCAGAAAGAUAAAUAUGAUGCAGCUGUGGGAGAUAUUACAAUCACUGCCAAUAGAUCAAUGUAUGUUGAUUUUACGAUGCCAUUCACAGAGAUGGGUCUUGGAACUGUAGCACCAAAGGAGACAAGUAUGUGGGUGUUCUUCCAUCCUCUAAAACGAGACCUUUGGAUAACAAGUGCAGCUUUCUUUGUCUUGACGGGCACUAUAGUUUGGUUGAUAGAGAAACAUGAUAACAAAGAGUUCCAGGGUUCUUGGCCGAAACAGAUGGGAGUUAUAUUUUGGUUUGGCUUUUCUACCCUUGUUUAUGCCCAUAGGGAGAAACUACAACACAACUUAUCAAGAUUUGUAGUUACAGUUUGGGUAUUUGCAGUGCUCAUAUUAACUACAAGUUAUACUGCAACUUUGACAUCAAUGAUGACGGUGCAACAAAUACGAUUCAACUCUAAUAAAGAUUUUGUGGGGCAUCUUUCCGGCUCGCUCAUUGCAAAGAUGGCCCUAACUAGUCCCAGAUUCCGACCAACUAAUACCAAGGGUCUCAAUACUUCUACAGAUUAUGCUCAAGCCUUGUUGAAUAAUACUGUCUCAUUUAUUGUGGAUGAGUUGCCAUACCUCAAAGUCCUCCUCGGAGAGAAUCUUGGGAAAUUUCUUAUGGUCAAGGCACAAUGUAACACCAAUGGUUUCGGCUUUAUGUUUCAGAAGGGGGACGAACUGGUGCCUCUUGUGUCCAGGGAAAUCUUGAACCUGAGGACGAGCGAUAGACUUAUCGAGAUGGAGAAAAGAUGGUUUGAGAAUCAACUUCCAUACACAGCAGAUGAUACAUCAAAUCCUGUAACCCUUUAUAGAUUCCGUGGGUUGUUUAUGAUCACCGGAGUUUCUUUCGCUUUCGCUCUUGUGGUGCUUCUCAUCCUCUGGCUCCGAAACAAAUGGGAAGAUCUGAUGUGUUCGGUCAACAUAUUCCUCUCGCAACGACUUGUACAUUUUAGGAUCCUCUUCGCAAGAACUAUCCAUCCCAACACCCUUGAUAACGCCGAUGGCGAGAAUGCGGUUCAAAUGGCUCAACGUAACUGAAGAUAGGAACUGAUUCAAACAUAGCAAAACGUACAUUACCAUUUGUACUUAGCAUCAUAAUACAAGUAGAUGCUCAAGUUUUUUGGCGUGCUGUGCCCUGAGUCUCUAUAGCCUUACACAAUUGUUGUGACGUUGUUGCUUUGACCUAGAAGCCUCACCAAACAAGCUUGCUGCCCCUUCGUCCUCGAGUGGUCCGUCAACUGCGAUAUGGUUCUUGAUUCAAAUCGGGUUGCGUCCAUGUGUUAGACCAAUCAUAUGUUGGGAAAAAAUAAUUUUUAAACAUACACAUUAUUUUUAUUUUAUUUGUAGCAAUUAAUAAUGAUAAACUUCGAAAAAUAUUAUUAUAUUUAUUGAAUUCCUAUUAAUUUUAAAUUAUAGAAAAUAAAUAAUUACAUAAAAGGAAAUAACUAUAAGAAAGAUAUUAUUUUUUAGAAAAUGUAUCAAAAAUUUAAAAUAUUUAUUUUUGAAACAGAUGGAUUAAUGUGAUUAAACAGAGGGAGUAUGUGAUAAAUCAUGUAACUAGUGUCUUCUUGCAAAUGGUUUGGUUCUGCAAUGUAUAUAUAAAUUGGCUUUAUAUUGGGCUGACAAAAGCAAUGAGCCCAUAACCAUUUUCUGGAGAAAAGAAUAGAAAGCAAACCCUAAUCUCUUUACCCUCCGGUUACUAGUAUAAACUCUCCUCUUUCUCUUCUCUAACAACGCCUGUCAUCUCUCUCUAAUAAAUCCUUUAAAUUUUUGUUGUUUUAUUUUACAAAGUUUUCUAUCUUGUGUUAUUACAAGCAAGUUCAGCUUCUUUGGUUGGAUCAAAGACUGUCAUGAUCCAGUCAAUUUAUAAAAAAAUAUAACCUUGCAAAAUAGAACUCGGCAGUAUCACUCGCCUGGAUCUGAUGAUAUUUCAUGAUUAUCCAGGCCCUUAAUCUACUGGCAAAUUUAUUCUCUCUUAUUGAGUUUGGUUCAUAUGUUUUUCUGCAAACGCACUCUGUCCCGAGACCAUUAAUGUUUUGGUGCAAUUUCUUCGUUUGCUAAAUUGUGUAUCCACCCAUUAAACUUGUCUUAGGAAUCUUUUCGGUGAUUCCCUACAUGGGCUCAUGGUUGGCUUACAUCUUACUCAAUUGUUUCCAUACGAAUAUUUCUCAGCAACAAGUAAGCAUGAAGAAUUUAUGUUAUUUAGACACGAAGAAUGAUGAUUUGAUGCAAGAUUUUUUUAAAAAAAUAGAAUUAAUGUUGUUAGGAUUUAAACUGAAAUAGCUAAGCUUAGUUGCAUCAUUAUGGACAAGGAAAGCUUACAGACCGAGUUAUAACAGAACUGGUGCAGAGCAUGCGACAGACACUACCUAUCUGAUUUGACCCUUGAUCUUUUACUUAACAUCGAAAUACCGGUUAAUCAUUGAACAACUUUGUCCAUCUUCAUUUUCAAGAUGGAUUUGGUCAUUUCUGACCUAUUGUCCUUUGAUCUAGUCUAAUCUUUUUCCCGGUAGCCGGUAGAAGUCUAAUGUCCUAUAGCCAAAAGGCAUUAAGCUAAUAAGAUUAAUUUGCUUGGGCUUGGAAUAAGAAACACUCCUUCUCAAACAUUGAGAAGUAAGAAGAAUAGAGUAGGAUACUGUUUUCUAAAGGAAUUUAACAUUAAAACCCCUUAACUAAAUUAGUUUUAGAGAAAAACCCUCAAAUUCAGUAUUUAAUGAAAAACCCCCAAACUAAUUUAUGUAAUGAAUUAAUAUAGAAACCCAUAAUUUAAAGAUUUACCAGUAGUAAUGGUAAUUAUGAUAUGCUAGAGUUUAAUUCAUUAAAUAUAGUUAGUUUGAGGGUUUUUUCGUUAAAUACUUAGUUUGAGGGUUUUUACCCAAAACAAACUUAGUUAAGAUAUUUUAACUUUAAAAAUCCUUUUCUAAAAUACAGUCACCAAUGUAAGUCAUAGUUUUACUACACCCAAAAAAAUGUAAGUCAUAGUAAUUACUUUUCAUAACAAAUGAGUUGCUGGAAAUACACGAGGAAUGGACAAUACACAGUUAAGUCUGGAUAUUGGGUUGCUCAAAAUCUGCUGAAGUUAGAUGAGGAAAAGCUGAUACUGGAACCAAGUAUAACUAAACUUCAAGCCUUUGCUUGGAAGUUGAAAGCGCCUAGGAAGAUAUGUCAUUUAAUAUGGCAGGUGAUAACGGGUCAGAUGGCAGUAACGAGAAAUCUAGUGAGAAGAAAUAUGCGCUGUGAUGAUUACUGUCCGAGGUGUGGGGAGGCAGAGGAAUCUGUAACUCAUGCCAUAUUUGAAUGCCCUCCUGCUCUGCAAGCAUGGUCCUUAUCGACAACUCUUACAAGCCCAUGCAUAUUUCCAGCGUCAAGUGUCUACACAAACAUGGACUAUCUAUUCUGGAGGAAAAAGAAUAUCAUAGCUUUAGACCAAGACAUAGAUCCUUAUCCCUGGAUAAUAUGGUAUAUAUGGAAGGCUCGUAAUGAUAAGCUCUUCAGGGGAAUAGACAGAGAUCCUUUGGAGCUAGUCCGAUAUGCAGAAAGCGAAUGCCAAGCCUGGUUUAGUGCAAAUGAGUUGAUACCACCGGUAGUGCAAGACAACAACAAUGAGGAAAACCAAGUCUUAAGCUUGAGUAAUAUUUGCCUCCUGGAUGGAUCAUGGACAGCUUCCGAUAGAUUCAGUGGAUGCGGAUGAGCUUGGAUGGAUAGCGGGGAGAACAUACAACUUUUGGGUACACGAAACUUCAGUCGAUGUGAAUCAGCAUUGCAUUCUGAGAUAGAAGCACUGCGCUGGGCGAUGGAGAACAUGCUUCAACACUCACCAUGUCAGAGCUUUGGAACAGAUUGCAAGGAGCUGAUUGCUAUGAUAAAUGAACCCCAAAAAUGGCCAAGAUUUGCGACAGAAUUGGAGAAGAUAGAGACGCUGCAGAUUUGCUUUCCGGACUUCAAAAUCAUACAUGUUCCACGAGUGCGCAAUCAGUUUUCGGACUUUUUAGCUAAGACUGCUAGAACAUUUCGGAGAGAGUUACUUUUUAUUGGUUGUUAUAUUCCGGUCUGGUUACCCAGACCACCUCAAGCUUGAGUAAUAGAAUGGCCGUUCGACGUCAAAAAAAAAAAACAAA